AUGGACCAGCCUCACGCGCUUCUAGUCGCUAGCCCUGGCUUAGGCCACCUCAUCCCUAUCCUCGAACUAGGCAACCGUCUCUCCACCGUCCUCAACAUUCACGUCACCAUUCUGGCCGUAACCUCCGGUUCCUCCCCGACCGAAACCGAUGCCAUACGUGCAUCCGUGGCGAGAGGGACGUGUGAAGUUAGGGAACUACACUCAUUUGAUAUAGACCACUCCCCAGAUGCGACGGUGGCCACUAAAAUCAUAGAGAUGAUGCGAGCCACAAAGACGAAGAUGGCGGUUCACGACGCCGUGAAAUCAAUGAAUUGGAAACCGACGGUCAUGAUCAUAGACUUUUUUGGUACCGGAUUGAUGUCCGUUGCCGAUGAUAUUGGCGUGAAGGGUACUUACGUGUACGUCCCUUCUCACGCGUGGUUCUUGGCGGUGGUAGUGUACUUGCCGGUAUUGGAUAAAGUCGUGGAAGGGGAAUAUAUUGAUAUCAAAGAGCCUAUGAAAAUACCGGGUUGUAGACCGGUCGGACCCGGAGAGCUUAUGGAAACAAUGUUAGACCGGUCAGACCCACAGUAUCGAGAGUGUCUGCGGUGUGGCGAGGAGAUACCUAUGUGCCAUGGCGUUCUGGUAAAUACUUGGGAGGAGUUGCAAGGAAACACUCUAACUGCGCUUAGAGCAAGUCCAUUGGUAGGAACCUUUAAUGGGGUUCUAUGA